AUGGCCUCUCGGGUGACCGCCCUGCUCCUGCCGCUGGCCCUGCUGCUCCAUGCCGCCGCGGCCGCCGGGCCAAGCCAUUUCCGCAUGUCGCCGCCGAUGGUGGUCGCACAGCUGGACAUUCAGAAGGUGGAGCUGCAGUGCGAGGUGCUGCUGUCCAGCGCGGCGCCGGGCUGUUCCUGGCUCCACCAGAAGAAUGAACCUGCCGCCCGCCCCGUCUUCCUCAUGUACCUCUCCGAAAGCCGGACCAAGUUGGCGGAAGGGCUGGACUCCAAACAGAUCUCGGGCACGAAGAUGCGUGAAAACCGCUACAGCCUCACCCUGCAGCGCUUCCGCAAGGAGGACGAAGGCUACUAUUUCUGCUCUGUCCUGAGCAACUCCAGGCUGUACUUCAGCCCCUUCGUGCCGGUCUUCCUGCCAGUCAAGCCCACCCCGACGCCCGCGCCGCGACUACCCACGCGGGCGCCCACCAACGCGUCGCAGCCGAUGUCUCUGCGCCCGAGAAUCUGCCGGCCUGCGGCGGGCAGCGCAGUGGAAAAAAGUGGGCUGGACUUCGCCUGUGAAAUCUACAUCUGGGCACCCCUGGCCGGCACCUGCGCCAUCCUUCUCCUGUCACUGGUCAUCACCAUCAUCUGCAACCACA